GACCCGACUGCGCUUGCGCAGAGCCUGCGGCGCCCCAGGACGGGAAGUAGGCGGGGCCGGCCCAGAGCAGCUCGUGGGGAGCACUGCGGCAGACUGGCAGAGUGAAGACUGACUGGUGACCAUCUCACCCCAGCCUAAUUGCUAGCACCUCGGAAUGCACUGGGCAUGGCCUCUGCAGCCCCACAGAACAGCUGCCAGAUGGCCUGUGACAGCGAGAUCCCAGGCUUCCUGGAUACCCUCCUCCAAGAUUUCCCAGCCCCACUGAGUCCUGAGAGCCCUUUGCCAUGGAAGGUCCCAGGAACAGUACUGAGCCAGGAAGAGGUAGAAGCAGAGCUGGCUGAGCUGGCAAUGAGCUUCUUGGGCAGCAGGAACGCUCCCCCACCAUUCGCUGCAGCUGUGACCCACAAGGCAAUUUCCCAGCUCCUACAGACAGACCUUUCUGAAUUCAAGAAGUUGCCUGAACAAGAGGAAGAGGAGGAAGAGGAAGAGAAAGCCCUUGUGACCUUGCUAGAUGCCAAAGGCCUGGCUCGGAGCUUCUUUAACAGGCUUUGGGAAGUAUGUAGCCAGUGGCAGAAGCAGGUGCCAUUGACUGUCCAAGCCCCUCAGCGACAGUGGCUGGUCUCUAUCCAUGCCAUCCGGAACACACGGCGCAAGAUGGAGGAUCGACAUGUGUCCCUUCCUACCUUCAACCACCUCUUCGGCUUGUCUGACUCUGUGGAGCGCGCCUACUUUGCUGUGUUUGAUGGUCAUGGAGGAGUGGAUGCUGCAAGGUAUGCCUCUGUCCAUGUGCAUGCCAUCACUUCCCACCAGCCAGAGCUACUCACAGACCCAGCAGCAGCCCUCAAAGAAGCCUUCCAGCGCACUGAUGAGAUGUUUCUCUGGAAAGCCAAGCGAGAGCGACUGCAGAGUGGCACCACAGGUGUGUGUGCGCUUAUCUCGGGAACAACCCUGCACAUUGCCUGGCUUGGAGACUCCCAGAUCAUCCUGGUACAGCAGGGCCAGGUAGUGAAGCUGAUGGAGCCACACAAACCAGAGCGACAGGAUGAGAAAGAACGUAUUGAAGCGCUGGGUGGCUUCGUUUCUCUCAUGGACUGCUGGAGAGUCAACGGGACCCUGGCAGUGUCUAGAGCCAUUGGGGAUGUCUUCCAGAAGCCCUAUGUGUCUGGUGAAGCAGAUGCAGCAUCCCGAGAUCUAACAGGCUCAGAAGACUACCUGUUGCUCGCCUGUGAUGGCUUCUUCGAUGUGGUCCCCCACCAGGAAGUCUCGGGUCUUGUCCAUGGCCACUUGAUCAGGCAGAAGGGUUGUGGGUUACAUGUUGCUGAGGAGCUAGUGGCUGUGGCCCGUGACCGGGGCUCCCAUGAUAACAUCACAGUUAUGGUAGUCUUCCUUAGGGACCCCAAAGAGCUGCUGGAUGGUAGAGCCCAGGGAACAGGGAAUGCCCAAGCAGAUGUAGGAAGCCAGGGCUUGCCCACUAGCCUCAUAGAACUUGAGACCAAUACCUCACAGAGAAGCUAAGAGGUCCAGGCCUCCAGGGCCCCAUCCUGACUCCCCUCUACCCUUGUGACCCUCCCUUCAAAGAUCUUAGAUCCAACAGGUAUAAUGGGCAGGGGUAUAUGUCCUCACAGCAUUCCCUUAGCACCCCAGCCCUUCGUGCCUCCUGACAGUCUGUCCCCAGAACUGCAGAAGGCAGCAAGUAGCUCUCAGAAGGAAGCAUAGGAAAAUGACCUCACCAAAGAGAAGAUGGCUGAGGUGGUCCCUGCAGUACAGGGCUGAAGACAGAAGCCACAGGCACCUGUUGGCAGCCUAAGCAAAAACACAGGUCAAGUCUUAGGAGACCCUCACACAGACCUUUCAGGCCUAUCCUGGGGUAAGGGCUGCAGCCAGGUGUCUGGCCCAGGCUUGUGGCUUCUUGCUGUACCCAAGGCAGGGAGGUUUCUGACAGACAGGCUCGUAGUCCUGAUUUGGCCUUGCUGGGAGGAGCACCAGGGGACUGGCCCACUGCCACUCUUAACUGAGUUCUAAGGCCAUUAGGGUAUUCUAGACCUCUCCCUUGAGCAUCUUAGGGAGGUGAAGUCAGGUGUGUAUAUAUGUGUGUGUGUCUGUGUGUAGUGUGUUGUUUGUGUACUUAGAUUUAUUGCAGGGAAAGGUCCAAUCGAGAAUCAGUGUUCAGGUUUUUAUCAUGUUUUAUCAGUGCCAAGCUGACCCACAAGGUCAUGUAAUUUAAGCUAAGCUUAGCAUUUAUUUUAUUCCUGAAAACUUAAGUAUUUUACUUUUUUAUGUAUUCAUGGAGACAUUUGCAGUAUUACUGGGGUUUUUUUCCUGAAUCAGGAUGGAAACCAACCUUUCCAGGCUGUGUUAAUAAGCCACUUAAGUGCCUUAAACAGCUUUGAGAACUAUUGGGCCAGCCAUGGACCCUGAUAGGCAGACAUGUCAGGUUCUCAGAAAGGUAGCAAUUUGUUGUGGGAAGGCAUACUUAGGGCUUCCUAAAAGUGAUUAGCAGAGGCUGUGACUAUGGGCAUGUGGGAUGACCGUGGCCUCACCCUUGGAGUCUGGCUGAAUCCAACUAGGAAAACCUUGCUGCUCUUAGACUAGAAGUUUUAGAAUCUCUUAGUAUAUUUGUAGUGUCAUUGAGGACAGUGCAUAGUUAAGGAACUUCGAGGAGCCUAGCAGUCCACCUCCUUGGGGAAGCUGCUAGCAGUCUGCCACCAUGGUCACCACCUGUCUCCUAUGGCUGGUGUCCUUCUCUGCUGGACUCUGUCCUCUACUGAGCAAUAUGAAAGACCUGCACAUCCCUAGAGCAGUGGUGUCUGGGUGCUUGGAGAGCUAAGAUGUAUAAAACCAGGCAAGGAAGCCAGGCAGAGGGAGGGGUACCCAAGGUAAAAGGACUAAAGAAGCCCCCAGAGAGAGCCAGUGUGAGUCAAGACUGCUCCAUGCAGAUGCCUGCAGAGGCUCAGGGGGGUUGGGGCAGUGUUGGAAAGAAGCUUGGCUGUGAGGUCCCGUGGAGAGGAUGAUAGCUCACCAGUGGAGAGCACAGCAUCAGCAAGGCUUGCAGAGCUUGGCUCAGUGCACCUAAGCCCUCUCAAAAGAAGCAAGGAGCACAUACUUUUGCCCCUGAGGCAAGUCCACUGUCCAGCAGUGUGGGAGAGGGAGUCAGCUUUGGUUGGACAUACCACCUCUCUGCUUGGCAUUCACCCAUAUCAGGGAUUGAGGAGUUUGGGCCAUGUAGUUGAUUUCUUGGUCAAGGUCUCCUGAUGGAAGCAUCCUAAACACUUAGAUGAUUGCCCACCAUAAUGACUGGUGUCCUCUCAGAACAGGGAUGUGGUAGUAGAUCCAGCCUACCUGUAGCAAUGACCUUGAUAGAGGGACAUAUUGACAUUUGUUUUCUCCCUUUUUUGCUAAUCUCAUUCUGUUCAUUGCUGGUAAGAAUAGAAUUUAGGCCCACAUAGAUGUCCCUUGAUGGUCUGAUUCAUACUCGCAUAUAAGGUUGUACCAGAUUCCAAGGCCUCAGUGUAAAGGGAAGCCUCUUUCCCAGGCUUCUCUGAAUGCCUCCCUCUUUCCCUCAGUCCAUUUGCAGUAGUGAUUGCCAAGCCCCUGCCGAGCAGUAGUCCAGGACCAACACUAGGCGCUGCCCCUUCCUCUCCUGAUGGCCAAGGGAGAGCUGGCCUUGUGCUGGUUCGUGAACUCUUAUUCUAUCCUGACUGGGUAUGCCAGUGUCUAGCCUACAAGACUUCUUGGCCAUUCCCUUAUCCCAAGAGGAUCCCCUAACCAGAGUGACCCUGUUUCUUAAAUCCUAGCUUUGCCACCGUCUCAUUGCAUGAACUGAACAAGGCACUGUACCCCUCUGGCCUCAGUUACCCUUUGGUAAGGCAAGAAGGGGAUGCACAGUCACCAGUCCCUCCAACCUAGAAUCUCAGAGUAUAGGGGCUAUUCAAGGCCACUGCCAGAGCAGAGAAGCCCAUCCUCUACCCAGUAGAGAGGGUUAAGUAUUAUUAGUGUCUAUUCUUAAAAUUAAGUGGGCUGGAAAAGAGCUGAGUUACAGGUGCCAGUGUCUUGCUUGGAUACAAAAACUAAAGCAGUUAAGCCACCUCCCAGCUAAGCCUGUAGGAGUAGGAUGUGGGAGGGCACAGGCAGGCUUUAAGGGAUUUAGUCAGAAACCAGCAUAGGAAGGGGUGUGGAAGCAAGGUGUCUGCAGCAUAGCUUUGGGGGUCUCGGAACUCAUAAUGGGAGAGGUGUUGGGGUAGCCCUUGCCCUCUUGGGUCCUGCAUGCAGUGCACCCUCAUCCCAUCAUAGGUCUCAGCAUAGGUGUCCUGGCUACCUCAGCUGUAUUCUCAGGGCCAGGAGGAAGGCCCUGGCCAUACUGUAGGGAAGCCAGGCCACCUUGUGUAAAGCAAGCUGUGUUUCUGGCUUGAUACUGCCUCUGUGCCCUCCAGGGAUCAUCUUCAGGAGUUCUGUGCUUGUCCUGGACUCUACAGAUUUACCAAACACACUGAGCUUUGCCAUUUACAUGCCAUGUGAGCCUUGCCAAGGAUUUAUUUCGGGGGCUUCCUGGGAGUCAUAUGCAAUAGUGAGUCUUGUUCUAAGAUACCAUGUUUCUCUAAUCUUAGGGACAAGUGUGAUGAACUCAGAAGGAAAGUCUCCUGGGCCCUUUGUUGAUGUCAAUAAACCGUAUAUUCAAGAUCCUGAGUACCAUUUGCAUCUCCCUCGGAGUAUCUGUCUGUAGUUCUGUAUCACUGACAAAAUACUUAGCAGAAAAACUUUCCAAAGGAAGGUAUUGGCUAAAGG